AUGAAGUGCUCCAAAAACAUCAGUAGCCUGCAAACAGCUGCUAAUUAUACAAGAGUUCCAUGUUUGACAACAAACGGGAGUUACUUGUAUGCUAUUUAUGACCGCGAUUAUUAUUAUCAUCGUCAACCACAACCAUCGUGCUCGCUUAUUUCAGUGGCGCCUGUGGAUUUUGAUCAGGACAUUAAGUUCCCUUCUUAUGAAGCUGUCAUGGAACUUUUGCAGGCUGGCUUUGAUGUUGGAUGGUCGGUUGAGUGCAGGGAUUGUUCUUUGGCUGGCAAGGGCUGUUUGGUAAGUUCAUGGGAUCAGCCACUCACCUAUGCAUGUUCAAGAGGUCAGUAUCAUGAAGUACAAAGAACCCACAUCACUUCAAAUUAUCUUAAUAUUGGUGGGAAUUGGUAUAGGAGCUCUAGUUGGUCUGUUCGUUAUAAUUCUCAUAUUGGUGGUCGUUAUCCUCAAGUAUCGGAGAGGACGAAGAAAAGCAGCCAAGAAGAAGCUGCAGAAUCAGCAAUGCUUGACACCAACAAUCAGCAAUUCUGGAACUAA